AAAAAAAUGACAGAAAGUGUUGGCCAGGAACAGUCAAGAUGGGUAACAACGGUUAUUAUGAGCACAGCACUGCAGAAUCAUGAACUUUCUACAGUGCUUCAGAGGCAACAACACAGAAUUCGAUAUUCGGAAUCAGUGGAAAUAGGAUCCGUGAUUUUUUCUCUUUCUGGAACUUCUUCAAUAGGUGUUGCCUUUAUACUGGCAGACAUUCAAGACUUGCUUACGACAGGGGAAGAACAGUUUUUCAAAAGAAUUCAGAGGUUCCUGAAUAUUCAUCGGAACAGUUUUUUGGUUUUGUCAGCUGCUCUUCAUGGACCAGAAGAAUGGGAUGUCAUGUUCAGGAUUCAGAUGAGAUUCCUGGGCAGUAACUUACGUAUACUACCAGUUCAUAAUACUGCUGAAAUGGCUAAGUUAAUGCUAACUAUAGCUAAGAUAACUUCCAAGCCACAAGCAGAUGAUAUUCGUUACAAAAUUGCAAUGACAAAAGCCCGAAUAAUAGAAAGCAGUCCAGUUUGGAAGAUGCUUCAGCAGUACCAGCUGCAUAGUAACUAA